AUGUUACUCUUUGAGAAAGCAUCACGACCAGCGGUUACAAGUGGUCAUAAGCGUAAAAUCGUGCUAUCCGACGACUGUCGCGAGAAACAACGUGCACGGUAUUGUUCCUGGACAGAAUUAGAAUAUGAAAUGGUGCUCGAGGAAGCGACGUUAUUACGUGAAGAACUUGGACUUUUACUCUUUGUAGCACUGGAUUUAUCCAAAGACCUUGGUUGUGAUACUACAUGUGUUCAAGUGUAUUUAACAACACUGGAACAAAUACGAGAUGGAAUGGUAUCAUCCCAGGCACUGACUGUUCCACAGAUUCGUGCAAUGUGUCAACAAAUGUUGACAAUGAUGCAAUAUCUUUGUCGAGUUCAUGACAAUCAAUUUGCAUUGAUUGAGAUGCAAGAGGAAUUACGGGCAUGUCGGAAUCGCUUUCUGCUUUUUAUUUGCAAGAAUGCUGCAAUGAUUGGACUCUGA